GAAUCCUUAUGCUCCUGCGAUGGCUGGUGGCCAUCACCAACAUAUGGAUGAAGAUGAAGGUGUGAUGGAUUGUUCGAAUACUACGGGUGGAUUUGUUAGUUCCAGUUCGUUAAGUUCAAGUGAUUCUGAGGCCGUUCUUACUAAUGAAAGUGACAGAGAAGGUGAUGAUGAGCUGACAGAUUUUCCUGGAAAUGAAACGAUGGCAUCUAUACAGCAGCAUCAAGUACGCACAAACUCAGGACAUGAGAAGCAGCACAGGACAAAAUUAUUAUUAAGUGGUAUGCACAACCAACACAUUCAACUAGGACAAAUAUUACCAUCGGCACAAGUAUCAUCGCCAGUACAUGUUACAUCACCCGUUAGAACUGCUCUGGUUGCAACUUGUCCCAUGGACGACGACAUCAUGUGGGGGGCAGGAGCUGGUGCCGGCAGUUGUUCAGGGGGCGACGGAAGUUUGGGGGACGUCAGUUCUGAUCCAGUUUCUGGUUUGGAUGUUCGUGAAAUAAGAGCCGGCUGUAGGCGGAUUAGAGAAGAAAGGCCGGGGUUUACAGUGUUGACAUCAGCUAAUGAACUAUUAUCAAGAUUUUUGCAAGACCGGCACCAGACUGAAUUACGUCUUGGAGCCCUGGACGCUGCAGAGAUUGAAAAACUUCGGUCACUUGCAGCCAUGUACUCGCUGGACAUGACUACGACACCAGAGAGGACAAUACUAACAAAGACUAGUAACACCAUGCAAGCCGUGAAGGUGGAGCAGACCAACUUGUCUCAAAGGUUGUUAACAGAUUUCAAACGAAGAUGUUACUCGAGUCCUGGACACAAGCAUAACCAGCCAGAUUCUGAUAACAACUGAACUUUCUGAUAUAAAUAUUAGAAUUGAUCUCUUUGACUGAAGAAGACUCUUCACACUGGUCUCAUUUAUAAAACGGAG